AUGCAAUCCUCUUUCCGUUGUCCCCGGAAGGACUACAAGCUCCUUGAUGCAUUGCGCGUAAUUCAGUACCAAACUGUUCGAUAUGAUAUUCUUCCCUUAUCUCCCGUGUCCCGGAAUCGGCUAAGCCAGGUGAAGAGGAAGAUCCUGGUGCUGGAUCUGGAUGAAACGCUUAUUCACUCCCAUCAUGAUGGGGUCCUGAGGCCCACGGUCCGGCCUGGAACACCUCCUGACUUCAUCCUCAAGGUGGUAAUAGACAAACAUCCCGUCCGGUUUUUUGUACACAAGAGGCCCCACGUGGAUUUCUUCUUAGAAGUGGUAAGCCAGUGGUACGAGCUAGUGGUGUUCACAGCAAGCAUGGAGAUUUAUGGCUCUGCUGUGGCAGAUAAACUGGACAAUAGCAGAAGCAUUCUCAAGAGGAGAUACUACAGACAGCACUGCACUUUGGAAUUGGGCAGCUACAUCAAGGACCUCUCUGUGGUCCAUAGUGACCUCUCCAGCAUUGUGAUCCUGGAUAACUCCCCAGGAGCUUACAGGAGCCAUCCAGACAAUGCCAUCCCCAUCAAAUCUUGGUUCAGUGACCCCAGUGAUACCGCCCUUCUCAACCUGCUUCCGAUGCUGGAUGCCCUCAGGUUCACCGCUGAUGUUCGUUCUGUGCUGAGCCGAAACCUUCACCAACAUAGGCUCUGGUGACAGCUGCUCCCCCUCCACCUGAGUUGGGGUGGGGGGGAAAGGGAGGGUAAGCCCUCUGGGAUGCCAACUGAUACCCUGUCCAAUGGUGAGGACUGCCCGGGCAGGGUCUGCCCCUCCCACCCCUCUCCUCUGUAUGGAGUCUGGAUGGACACAUGGGCCACACUCUGAAGCAGCCUCACUCUAACUUCGUGUUCGCACUCCCUGGAAACCCCAGACUGGGACAUAAGCGGAAGCCUAGGAGAGCUGAAACAGUGUAUCUGGUGGAGAGAGAGGACUGGCCAAAGUGAGACAGACGUUUGGUAAUCCAGGAGGCUCAAAGAAAAGCCAAGCCAGCUUUGUUGUGAUUUGAUUUUUUAAAAACUCUUGUACAAAAUUGAUCUAAUUCUUCACUCCAAGGGCUGGGCUGUGGGUGGGAAACUGGGAUUUUGGGCCACUGGAUUUUCCCCAAACAUGUCCUCCCUUCCCCCAUAUUUUUCCAUUUCCCCUUCUUACUAGAUUCCCUCAGACCUGUAACCAGCCUUCUCUUUAUUUUCCUUCCUCUCUUUUAAACCAUGCAUUAUAACUUUGAAACAAA